CCUCUUACCUCAUGUGACGUAGCUCUCUAGCACCCUUAGAACGGAGACUUGACAUACACGACGGUCUCUACGAUUCACGGGUGGUGAAGGACGGCGGCGCCAUUUUGCGACUGAAAGCCUGGAAGUAAAGAACAUACAUAGAUAACUUUUUAUGAAUUCAUACUUUACGUAGUAACACAUUUGUUGAUGUGGGAGGCAUUUCUCAAAACAAUAAUAUUUGUUGCUACAGCAAGGAGAAGCUAGAAAAUGUUGGCCUGCGAGCUAACGUAACGUUAGCACCUAGCUAACACUCAGGCUAGCCAGCAGGCUUUUGUGUACCAACUCUUGCUUUAUCGCUUUAAAGUAACAAUUGUAUGUUGAAACAACUUACAUGAAAUGUAAUUUCCAUGCUAAGUUGGCCAACUGUCUAACUAAAUAUAUUUGAUUUGUUUCAUCUAUUUUUUUUGGUAAAGCUAGCUAACCACGUUGUCUUUAUCUGUGCCCCACAGCCACCCUUAAGGAACAAUGUACCCCAACGCGUUGACACAGUUGGCGCGGGCGAACCCCUUCAGCGCGCCGCUGUUCACUCUACAAAAAGCCGAGGAGCCAUCACAAAGCCUUGCUGCCGAACAUGGACCAAGCAAACGCACAUUGGCUGCCGCUGCAGUGGCCGGUAAGAAGAGGUGGUGUAUGUUACUUAAUAUUAGCCAGCUAACGGUAGCUAGCUUGCUAACAAAGUCCUCAACGAAUUAGCUAGCUAAAUAGGUUUGAUUGCUAAUAUUGCAAACUUCUGAAUCCGCUGUUUUUACUAGUCCCAUUGCGGUAUGAGUUUAUGAACGACAGCCAAUUGAACCGUCUCUUUUCACUCUUUACUUAUCAGUGAUUACACCCAUGUCUGUAUUUUUGAAUUACACCAAUGAAGGUUAAGUCAUCUGGGCCCAGUUUUUCUAAAAUUAUCUGCCCGGUUUUCGGCUAUAGGAUUAAAUGCACAGAAAUAGAAUGAAUAGAACAGACUAAUCAUUGACAUGGAUGGGGACUCGCGUUCUAUUAAUUAUAUUUCUAUUCGUUUAAUCCUAUCCAAUAGCCGAAAUCCAGAUAACCUUUGAAAAACUGGUCGCUGAACAUCAGGGCACAGACAUUUUUGGUUAGCUUUUGGCCUCUACACAUUCCCUUUACACUUCCUAUUGGGCAAGGCCUUGCAGUCAUGCAUGGAGGACACUGAAGGGCAGAGUUUUGUAAUAACUAGGCCAGUAGCUAUGACAAAGUCUACAGAUAAAUCUAGCUAAUUAGAUAAUGUAAAUAGGAAUCCAGCUAAUACUAUUGCCAAAGCCCAAUCCCUUUAUGAGGACUGAAGCUACAAUGCAAAUAACAUUUUAUUUGUCACAUGCGCCGAAUACAACAGUGUGUAGACCUUACAGUGAAAUGCUUACUUACCAGCCCUUAACCAACAAUGCAGUUUUUAAGAAAGAAUACCAAAAAAAAAAUACAAUAUAAAAUAAUACGGAAUAAAAGUAACAAAUCAUUAAAGAGCAGCAGUAAAAAUAACAAUAGUGAGGCUAUAUACAGGAGGUACCGGUACCGAGUCAAUGUGCGGGGGCACCGGUUAGUCGAGGUAAUAUGUACAUGUGGGUAGUUAUUAAAGUGACUGCGUAGAUAAUAAACAGAGAGUAGCAGCAGCGUGGGGGGGCAAAUGCAAAUAGUCUGGGUAGCCAUUUGAUUAGAUGUUCAGGAGUCUUAUGGCUUGGGGGUAGAAGAUGUUUAGAAGCCUCCUGGACCUAAGCUUGGCGCUCCGGUACCGCUUGCUGUGCGGUAGCAGAGAGAACAGUCUAUGACUAGGGUGGCUGGAGUCUUUAACAAUUUCUCUGACAUUGUUAGACCUAAAUGGUCUCAUGUUAUCUAUAGACCUGGCACAGGUAGCUAGCUAAUUACAAAGUAAACACUGUAACAGCCUAGGGGUUAUUUUGUUGCAAAGAAGUGGAAUAACACAUGGGGGCCUAAUAUCAUGGUUGAGUUGAAAGAAUAGUGUCAUGAAGACUUGCGUAUAGGGGCUUGCACUGGGUGUUACCUGAUCUCCUUGCCAUGUGAGUUUGGAAGUCUACCCAUGACUAAAGGUCUCAUUAUGGCCUUGUCCUAGGCUGUGCUACUUGCUUUGACAGUUUCCUCCCUUUAGUCUAUCAGUUAGUGAUUUUAAUGUCAACGUGUGGCUUCAUUACACUUGACACUCUCAAAUAGAUAAGACGGAUAGGCUACCGUUUACAACCCUCCUCAGUUUACGUACUAUGGAAGAUAAGUUGCCCCUUAACUACAUGUACUCAUGCAAAAGGAAUAAUCGGCUUUAACGCAGUCAUGAAGGUGAUUCUGCUCUCCAACCACCGUUGCUAGACUGUCGAGCUGAGGUGUCGGCUUAGAAAGAAUGUGAGGCACCAGUUAUAGAUUCAGUACAUUUGUAUUCAGGUCUCUGCACCAACGACCCAACUAAAGAGUAGACCUAAUACUACAGUGUAUAUUCACAUUGUUUCCUCUUACAUGUGUGAAAGAACCCCAAUUCACUGUCUUUUCCUCAGAGGGGGACAGUUGUGAGUUUGGCUCGUCGCAUUAUUUCAUCAUGUGUGGCAUCGGUGGGAUCCUGAGCUGUGGUACCACACACACAGCAGUGGUGCCCCUUGACCUCGUCAAGUGCAGGUUGCAGGUCUGUGGCCCCGACCAGGGGUUGCAUGGCAUGGAUAUUGUGCUGUGGAUUCCACUAAGACGUUGACAUCCCAGAUAACAAUAUUUUCUGAAACAAGACUACAUCCCAAAUAACUUUUUUUUUUUUUUGCAACGGUGUGAUGUGUUUCCACUAAUAUGCUGGGGGGAAACAGCCAGUUAUCAUUUUAUUUGCAUGCUUGAACUAGAGAUGUAUUGUUGAGUCCCGAGGAGCUAAAAUGACUAAGUCGAAGUAAGUCACGUGAGAUGUGAAGCUUUGACAGAAUGUGAAGCUGGCGUUCUUUAACUUUAUGGUAUGACUCCUAAAUGGUACUGUCAGGCGCUUGCCCUUUCUCUGUGUCCAAUCAGCAAUUUGAUACUGUACCCACAUUCAUUCAACAUCAGUGACCUUUAGCCUAGCAACAACUGCAGUCAAAUCCCUAGCCAGGACAGGACAUCCUCCUUGUUACAAACUGGAGUUGGGCCUAAAAUCCUUGGCCAGUAUUCCUGAAGCGUCAGUGUAGGAGUGCUGAUAUUAGGAUACGUUUCCAAUGAGGUUAUUGACAGGUGGGGACCUGAUACUAGAUCAGCACUCCCAACUCUGACACUCGAUGAAUAAUGGCCCUGGUAUGGGAAUAGAGGAAUCACCCAAACACACCUUUUAUUAUUGAAGAUUUGUUUUGUGCUAUUACUCUCUUUACAAUAAACAUGAAUGACUGUCGGUGUCAAGGAGAGCAAAUUCUCCACUGUGCUCGAGGGUAUAAUGAAGAGGGAAAAAGCCUAGAAAGCGUAUUAGACAAUCCAUUGUUAACGUUGUGGCGUGAGACACUCGGCAUGGCUUAGAAGUGAUGUUGACUAACAGCAUGGUGUGUUGUCUGUCUGUCUCUUCUGUAUUGUGUUUGGUCUGCUCUAGAUUCUGAUGUUAGCUGCGAGUUUGGCUCUAAGAAAUACUAUGCCUUGUGCGGCUUCGGCGGCAUCCUCAGCUGCGGGAUCACACACACGGCGGUCGUUCCCCUUGACCUGGUCAAGUGCCGUCUGCAGGUCUGUAUAUCCGCUGGUCAGGAUUGCGUCCCAAAUGGCACCUUAUUCUCUAUAUAGUGCACUACUUUUGUCAAGGGCUCAUAGGGCUCUGGUCAAAGUAGUGCACUAUGUAGAUAAUAGGGUGCCAUUUGGGACGCAGUUCUAGUCUCUGUGACCAAUGUGCUCUGCUGCGCUGGAAGAAUGGAAACAUUGCAGUGUUGAGGGUGAAUUCCAUUUCAAUCCAGGGAGUAAAUUGGAAUUCCUGAUUUUAAAUGGCAUUGACCCCAACCGUAAUAAAUUGAUAAUACAUUGAGUGUUAUGGCCCUGUAGUAUUGAAUGCAUUUCCCCUACAGGAACCCCACAGCACUAUUCCCCCCCCCCCCCCCCCCCCCCCCUAAAAAUCAUUAUCAGUUCAGUUUAUAAUGUACGUUCUGUCUCCAGGUGGACCCAGACAAGUACAAGAGCAUCUUCAAGGGUUUCUCCAUCACCAUUAAGGAGGACGGCAUGAGAGGGCUGGCUAAGGGCUGGGCUCCCACCUUCAUUGGUUACUCCAUGCAGGGUCUCUGCAAGUUUGGCUUCUAUGAGGUGUUCAAGAUCACCUACAGCGACAUGAUCGGAGAGGUCAGUAAUGUAGUAGUGCUCAUCGGUGAGACAAAGGCACUCUGCUGCCCUUAUAGCCUACUGCACUACUUUGAACAAAAGUAGUGCCGUAUAUAAGGAGUAGGGCGACUUAGCCAAUAUAUUGAUUCCUAUCUGCUCGACUCCUUCUCAACUAUAUCGGACCUUCUUCGCAAGGACAUUGAAUGCGAGGAAUCGAGUAAAGAUGAAUUGCGAAAGACCCAAAGAAUAAGGUCGUCCUCUCAUAAUGUUAACUCAUCGGAUCUUUCUCAAUUCAUCUUUCUUCGAUUCCUUGCAUCCUCUCGCCUGCUUCUCAAAACACAUUGAAGAAGGUCUAAGGGAUGGAAUCUUGGACCUUCUUUUCCAAUACAGCUGAGGAGGAGGCAAGGAGAUGAGAUGCGAGGAGUCUUGGAAAGACUAAUGGAGAUUAUGAUUUGCUCUUGACCUCCUACCCUCCCUGUCUGGUGAACCCAGGAAAACACCUACCUGUGGAGGACCUCUCUCUACCUGGCUGCGUCUGCCAGUGCGGAGUUCUUCGCUGACAUCGCCCUGGCCCCCAUGGAGGCGUGUAAAGUGCGUAUCCAGACGCAGCCUGGCUACGCUAACAACCUCAGACAGUGUGCCCCCAAGAUGUUCGCCGAGGAGGGACUCUGGGCGUGAGUACCCUACUGAAUCAGCCAGUCACAUUUAGCCACCCCUGUCUUAGCCCUAACCCUUCUAUGUUUGUAUAUCUGAAGAGUCUGGAUUGGUGUAGUCAGUGACGUGCUGGUGCUCUUUCACCAUAUUGCUUCUACCUUACAGAUCUGCAACCAUCGACGGGCUAGGGCCGAGGGGGAGGGAACACAUUGGGACCAGCUGAAUUACUCUGGCCUUGUUUUGUAAUGACUUAGAAUAAACUUGGCCCAGAAUAAACUCCUCAAUGAGGAAGAGGUUUCAAAGUCCAACACGCUCCUUAGAUCCACCUCUGGGGGGCGCUCCUGGUCUGUUGAGUCUGCUAUCGCUCUCUCUGAGUGCUGACUGCAGCUCCAGCCCAGACGCUCCCAGCAGCUUUCUGGCUGUACAGUUGGAGGUGCUUGAGUCAUUGGCGUGUGAGAACAGUCUACCUGCUCCCCAGCCCACUCCCUGCACUGGCACCCUCGCUGGAAAACUACCAGUGCAGACAGGCUGGGGAGCGGACAACUUUUACAUGUCCCUACAUAACUUUACUUACAUUUUCUUUACACGGGUCAUAGACCAUUUGGUUCCUGUUUCCUAUACCCAGUUUAAGCCUACUGCUGGUCUUAAAUGCAUGCUCAAUGAAGAAUCUAUUAAAACAGCUGUUUAGUCCAGAAUUAGAUUAAAGGUCCAACGCAGACGUUUUUAUCUCAGUAUCAAAAAACCUUAGUGUGAUUGCUUUCAGUUAAAAUUGUCAAAAAUAAACUAAAAUAGCUUCUUAGCAAAGAGCAAUUUCUCAAGCAAGAAUUUAGCUAGGACUGUCUGGGAGUGGUCUGAGUCGGGAGGGGAAAACUGAAAACGAGCUUUUAUUGGCAGAGAGGUUUGGAACGCUCUUAUUGGUCUAACUAAUUUACCGACUGGUGAUGUCACCAGGUAGGUCAAAACCCCAUCCCACCAAAACAGACUGAAAUUUCAGGUGGUCUUUUCAAACGGCUCUUACACUAAAAGAGCAUUAUUAUUUUCGCAGUAUUAUUCCAACCUCAGUCUGGAAAUGUAUAUAAAAUGGAGGACAGUCAGGUGUUUUGACUGCACUGGGCCUUUUUAAAAUCCUGGUGUGGGAAAAGUCAAUAACACAAACAAGUCACUCACGCUCUGCCCCUUGCCGCUGCUCUUUAGCUUCUACAAGGGUGUAGUCCCUCUGUGGAUGAGGCAGAUCCCCUACACCAUGAUGAAGUUUGCCUGCUUUGAGAGGACCGUGGAGCUGCUGUACAAACACGUGGUGCCCAAACCCCGCGCUGAGUGCUCCAAGGGGGAACAGCUGGUCGUCACCUUCACGGCCGGAUACAUUGGUGAGUCCACAGUUUUAAAGAGUUGUUAGAUGGAUCGUUUUUUUGUUGUUGUUAGACUUCCAACCACAAGUAGAUACACUGGAUAUUAAAUAAUUAAAGAUGAGUUUUACAACUGGUUUCCGUUGUGUAUAAGGUGUAGCCUAUAACUUUACUCCUAAACCAUAGUCAUCCAAAAUGUAUUUUUUUUUCAUAAUCGAUUCAGGAAUUCCUACUUUCUCUGAUAUUUUCUAUGUUGGCCUAAUCACAUCCCUGAUGGUGGUUCUCUUCUCUGCAGCUGGUGUGUUCUGUGCCAUCGUGUCCCACCCUGCUGACUCCGUGGUGUCUGUACUGAACAAGGAGAGUGGCAGUACCGCCAUUGGAGUGCUCAAGAAGCUCGGACCCAAGGGUGAGGAGUAGUACUGGAUUCCUCUUAUCAGAACCCUCCCACCCCCCAUAUCCUUUUCACACUACCGAGACGUACCAAAUCGCGCUGUGCUGACGCUGAUAUUUUCCGUUCACCUUGUUCGUUCCAGCAACUUCUAUUAACUAUGGUGGAUGUGUAACAGGCCAGCUCAGCACAGCUUGGUUUGGCUCUGUAGUGUGACUCGCCCAGUAGGAUCUUUCAGAUGGAAAUCUAUUGUGUAAUAGAGGUUUCCAACACGCUCCUUAGAUCCACCUCUGGGGGGCGCUCCUGGUCUGUUGAGUCUGCUAUCGCUCUCUCAGAGUGCUGACCGCAGCUCCAGCCCAGACGCUCCCAGCAGCUUUCUGGCUGUACAGUUGGAGGUGCUUGAGUCAUUGGCGUGUGAGAACAGUCUACCUGCUCCCCAGCCCACUCCCUGCACUGGCACCCUCGCUGGAAAACUACCAGUGCAGACAGGCUGGGGAGCGGACAUGAUUCAGUAUCUCCUGCAUCAUCCAAGUACCACCAUCAGACAUUUGAUUUGUUGAUAUUUUUGAUGUAUAUGAUGUAACAUAAAGUUACAUUUGACUUGAAUGUAAACCGUUGUGUUCUGUCGCUUUCUGUUCCUUCCUCCUUUCUGUCUCGUCAGGUGUGUGGAAGGGUCUGGUGGCCCGUAUCAUCAUGAUCGGCACCCUGACCGCCCUGCAGUGGUUCAUCUACGACUCUGUCAAGGUCUACUUCCGCCUGCCCCGUCCCCCUCCCCCAGAGAUGCCCGAGUCCCUCAAGAAGAAGCUGGGGAUCACAGAGUAAAGAAACAAAAUGGCAGCCUUAUCAACAAAUAUCUAUUCAAAAUGGCGGGCCUUAUCAACAGCAAUAUAAGAUGGCGGCCUUCAAACAACAUAUCCUUAAGUUAACAUCCACACAGCACACCGCUCUCUGCCUGCUGUAGUCACAGCUGUCCUGUUCUGCCUGUAGCCCACCUACCCUGGUCUGAGCUACUUCAGCAUGUUACGUUCAGAGAGAAAUAUGCUAUGUAGAACAGACAUGCCUCUAUGACAUGUAGAAUAAAGAAUCAUGUUGGCUCUAUUCGUAGCGUUUCUAUCUGCGUCGUUCCAAGACGUUUUCGUACUGAACAUGGCCCUGGUCAGCAGGAGUGGGGUCCAUUUUUCAAUUAGAUUCCAGAAGUAAACUGAAAUUAUAAUUUCUUAAUUUAAAAUUGGAAUUUCAGUUUCCUUAUGGAAUUGUUUGAAUUGAAAUAACUGAACCCAACCCUACUGGUCAUAAGGCACACUGAAGAAAUGGGGAGGAGGGUUCCCUCCUUAGAGGGAAGGCAAUGCCACAAGUGCAAUCAGGUUAACACCCGACCGCAGUUGGUUAAUGUUACAAUAAAUAAAUGAAAAAUGUGGAAACGUCA